AUGUGUAGCCACAUAGUUAUCCGGACACUUGGUCGCCGGGGCUUUAAUGAGGAGCUGAGUCGCGAGCGCGUGUGAAUCACCGCCUGGGCCCGGCGAGGAGGACGGCGCAUUUAACCCCCUCCCACCCCGCUCCAUGUCCGUGUGUCACUGGGCUCCGUCCACCUGGCGCGGCGGGUCCUGGCGCUGCCACUGCUGCUGACGACCGGCUCCCCUCGCGCCUCUCGCCCCACAACCUCCUGGGCUCCCACGGAACUUCUACUUUGUUGUUGUGGUGGUGGUGGUUGUUUUCUGUUGUUUUCCUCUUUGGAGAAGCUCGGCGAGGAACCGAUCGGAACUGUGAAGGUUUUCGAUUGCCCGCAGCUCCAGCACUUCGGCCCUUGUCUUUGCUGUUUUGUUUUCUGCGUAAACCUCUGGCCCACUCUCAAAAGGCAAGAUGUCCAGUCAUGUCCCGGCGGAUAUGAUUAACUUGCGCCUCAUCUUGGUGAGUGGGAAGACGAAGGAGUUCCUCUUCUCCCCGAAUGACUCCGCCUCCGACAUCGCCAAGCAUGUCUAUGACAACUGGCCCAUGGACUGGGAAGAAGAACAGGUGAGCAGCCCAAACAUCCUGCGCCUCAUUUAUCAAGGCAGAUUUCUACACGGAAACGUCACGUUAGGAGCAUUAAAACUUCCUUUUGGCAAAACAACAGUGAUGCAUUUGGUGGCCAGAGAGACCCUGCCAGAGCCCAACUCACAAGGUCAGAGGAAUCGGGAGAAGACUGGAGAGAGCAACUGCUGCGUGAUCCUGUGACACGUCGCAGCACGUGCUGCAGUCUGUUGAUGCUGCUGGGACAGAGGACUUCAACAGCACCCACACCUGCAGGACAGCCAUGCCUGCACACCAUGGGGCUGAAUUACUCGGGAACUCUGUCAUCUCUUCUUAGAAAGUAAAAAGAACCGAGAAGACUCUCACCUGGUCCUUUAUUCCUGUCUCUCUUGUCUGUGUUGAGCUCUCGGAAAUGCACAGUGGUCUCCAAGGGAAGUCACCUUGCUGCCACGAAGACUCAUCCCCAGAAGUCAGAAAUCAAGUGUUCCAAGUACAGUUUGCACUACAAAAAGACAAAAGAUCAUCGUUAUUUUCCUCAUCAGCAGAAUCUGCCAGCGCCUGUGGUGCCCAGAAACACUCCUGUGACAGCCCACACUGGAGGACACUCAGCGCCACUCAAGUUCACCACCAGGCCAGUCGCACGGAGGAAAUGGGAAGGGAUCUAAAAUGCUGGGUGAAUUCUACCAAAGUCAGCCACCGUGGUCGGCUGUCCUCACAGGAUAUCAAACUGGGCGUGACUGUCCUCACUGCAGCAAAGGAAAAGCCAUGUCUGCUGCUCACAGCACUGCAGAGGGACCCUCUGCUGCCUCAGCCCUGACUCCUCCUGGCAGGGAGCUCAUCCAGACAGCACAGAGGGCAGGCAGCAGUUCGACCCUAGCCUUAACGUAGAGAGCCAGUCGCUCGGGGCGUCACUGUGCAGAAGCAAGCGGUAGGAAGCCUCAGCAGCAGAUCCGAUUGUGUAUUUGAAUAUCAGAAAAUUGAAAACUUCCACCCACUGUCACUCAUCAUAACCACGCCCUGCAUUAUGCUUACUCACUAGGACAGAGGAAUCCUUCUAAAAAGUCUCCAGAUACUAAUUUUGUUACUUUAUGUAGUUUGCAUUUGGAAUCAGUGCUUGCAAUUGUAUUAAAAUCACAAGCUGGUUUUUAAGGCAUACAUGAUUAGUAGCACCACUCUUAUUUUUACCAGUAAUUUAAAGAUUGAUAUGCUAUAAAUAAACAAUUUGCACAGCACUAAAGCAUGAGCUAAUUUCAUCUAAACCUGUAAAAAAAAAAGAUUUUAUAUUUUUUUCACUGGGAAGAAAUCUUCCUGGAUGAAAUUACAAAUAUGUGUAGAUUAUAUUUAAUAAAAAGACAUAAAAUAUCUAACUUUAGAACACAAAUAGAUUGGCGUGUAGCAUAUAGACAGUAUUCCAUAUCAAUAACUUUAUGCAGCCUUUUUAAAGAUGAAGUUGCAGACUGCUCUGGGUUCUGUAUCUGCUGAGGGUUCUUCGCUCUCAGCAACAUUCAAUGUCAAUGGUCUCAAUGGUCAUCUUUGUUUAAAUGCAAUCAGGUUACUUUAUUCAUUGUUAAUGCGUUGAUGAAGAGGCUUUAUAUGCAGUAGAUCUACGAAAAUAUUGUUCAUACUGAUCAGAAUUAAAUUUGUAUAGAGCAGAGUUUUAAAAUGAAUGUAAAUAGCACUAAAUCUUUUCUUUCUGCAGCCUGUACUUAAUAGAUUCCUUCUGUAAACUAAAUAAAAAAACUGUAGUGCAUUCA